AUGAAAACAAAGAAACAGCUUAAUUUAAGCUUAUGCGAUAGUAAUAAUCGAUUAUUACUGUAUAAAUUGGAAAUCACACACUACGUCAAAAGCCGUUCAAAGCGAAGCAGUAAAGCAACAAAUAACUUAGAACAAUCUUGGUCAUCUGAUAUGUUUGAACAGAAGUUCACUGAUGAGAGAGGCUUGGAAAUAACUGUAAAAGUACCAAGAGGUCAUAGAACUAAUAGUUCUCAUCGUCAUCAUGGUUCUAGGGGUGAAGAAAUAGAUAAUGAAUUGGCUAAAAGAGUAACAUUGAUGGAGAUGGUAAAAUCUUCCACUACUACUUCUACUACAUCUUAUCCUUUAAGUGAAUCAUGCCAAAAUUUAAGAUACAUGGAAGGUUAA